AUGGGUGAUUAUUCCAGCUACGUCCCAACAGGGAGUGGUAAUUCAGAAUCAAGGGGGAAGGGAUUUCGAGAAAGAGAGCGUGACUCGAGAGCAGGAGACCCACGAGAUAGAGAUCCUAGACGAGACAGCUACAGGGAUGGAGCUAGAAACGCAAAUGGCCGCGGCAAGUUCGACAGAGACCAUAGAACCUUUCGUGACAGACAAAAUACCUUUCGAGACGGCAGAUACGACGAUAGCUACAGACCAAGGCAAAGGAACGAGCGAAACGGUGCGAGAAUUCAAGGUGGAAGGCAUCACGAAGAAGAUGGUGACCCAGACGCAAAUCUUACCAAGGAGCAGAAGAUAGAGAAGUAUGAGCGGAAGCUUUCAUCGCUUAUGAUUUAUCCAAUCAUUGAGAAGUAUCCACUUAUAGGCUCGCAGUGGGGAGUGAAACCUAAGGGUCUUGAAAAUGUCACUGCUCAGCGUGCAAAGCUUUCAGGCUUAUUCCCUCUACCGGGUGCUCCUCGUACGGCAGAGGAUGCCAAGAUUGGAGACCUCAUUAAAGAUAAAUCGUCAGAGUCAGGUGUGCUAACUGCUACCUCGAAAAUUGAUCCUCUUGACUCUCGCAACUCCUGUAUUGUUCUUGUCAAGGGAUUGGACUUUCAUACAGUCGACCAUUUGAAGGUAGCGGAUGUUUUUGAUCAAUUUCUAAGAUCUGUUGAUUUAGAAGGCACAUCCUUGAAUAUGAAUUAUGAAAAAGCCAGGAAAACCAAAGAUGAGUCGACUCUCAUCAUUGAGUUCAAAACCAGCACUGCUGCAACACUAGCUCUCGCAUUGAAUGGCAAAGCGAUACCUGCAAAGUCCGUUGCUCAUGAAGACGCUCGCCAUGUGUCUGGAGAUUUGAGAUUAAAUCUUUCUCGUCCUGGUGAGUAUGUGGUACAAUGCCUUCCUCCCUACAAAGCUGGCGACUACGAGGUGAAAGACGAAGUGACUGAUAGCCCAAGAAAGUUGACAAUUCAAAUUGACAAAGCAGUCACAGACUCUCAACUUCAAGACGCUUUAGCAAGAAUAGCGCCAUUACGAGCUUUCAAGCUCUUACGAGAGGUAGGAACGAAGGAAUCCGUGGGUCUUGCAUUUGUCGAGUUCUACGUUGAUCCUAUCAAAUUUCCCAAGACGUUUGAUGCUAUUAAAUCAUUAUUGCAAUUUGCCGAAGCUGCACGUAAGUUACCAGUUGUGAAAGCCGUUUCGUUUUCAUGCAUUGAGGUUUCUGAUCUGGGUGACGUCAAAACCAGCAUACAAGAUUGCCCAAUUGAGCUCAAAACAUUGAGGUCAUUGGUACGCAAUGAUUAUGUUCAGUAUCAUGCGAAGCUGAAAGUCGUUCAGAUCAUCAAUGCUGUCACCGCUAAUGAUCUCUUCGACGAUACAAAUUUCAGAUUUAUUCAUCAUGACAUCAAAGAGGAGGCGGAAGCUUACGGCAAAGUUAUCUCGCUACGCAUUCCUCGACCACCCCAUGAUUAUACACCAGGGAUGCAGCAUGUUACCCAACCAGGCCUUGGUAAAGUGUAUGUCGAGUUUGAGGACGAGAAGGCUGCUUUGAAUGCUAUAAUGGGUCUAUCAGGACGCUCGUAUAAUGACAGAACAGUUAUAUGUGCAUUUUAUAGUCAUGAGGACUAUUUGUGUGGUCUACUAUGA